AUGGCUCUUGGACAAGCUCUCCUCACCAAGCCUCCAGGGGUUCAGAAACCACAAACCCGGGUACAGGAGGUUUCCCAGAGCAAGGCAGAUGCUAGCAGUUUAGAUCAGCAGCUCAGACUUGAGCAAAGUCUUGAGGUUGUUCAAACUCUUCUUGGAGCUUCGGUAUGCCUUGCACAUCAUCUGCCAAUAAUAGACCGGUUUAAACGAACUGCUGACUGUGGAAAGAUUGGCUGUCUCUCAUUCCUCCGGUGGGAUUACAAUCCCGAUUGCUUAUGUUUUGUGGACAAUGCUAAAUUCACCUGUGGUUAUCAGUGGCCUUCUUCCGGAGGAAUGUUUUGUGGAGAAACGUUACGGAGGCAGCUCCUCAACUGCAGUUAGCUAUCGCUCAUUCACGAGUGACCUUGACGAUGAAGCAUUGUUUAAGAAGGGUACUAACGGGACUCGUAUAAAGAGGUUGAGAAGAGGGUAUUCGUGCGAAGCGGACCAACUCCUGGAUUGGCUUGUAAGAGUUCCUAUUUUUCUACAUUAUUUUGUUUUGAAGCAAUCCUAAUGGUUUAUCUGGGCAGGAAACCGGAAUAUUUGAUGCCCUCCGCCGAGGCUAUCUCAAGGCAGUCCAACUAGCGAUAUAUGUUGACGAUAAACACCCUGACAUUGUUGUGGAGUCGUACACUUUCUCGUUUACCUAUCGUGAAAAGGAUGAUGGUCCCUCGAUUAGCCUUAAGGUCACAGACAUGCAUGGGAAUGGGGUCACCGCCAACGAUGCAAAUAAAAACCUUCAGCUAAUGAUCAGAAGGCUUAUUGUCAUUACUCAGGUGAGUUACUAUUCGUCAUGGAAGUAUCCAGCAAUUCAUUGACUCUCGUUUACAGAAUCUCCCUCCACUACCUGGUAAGGAUUUGCCAAAUCUCCGGUUGCUAAUUCAUGAGCUACUACUUACUCCACCAAGACAAGCGUUGGCUCACCCUUCGUCUGCAUUAUCUGGAAGGAACUCCAAAGGACUAUGAUCCCCCAAACUUUUACCGGCUCCCACCCACUGCAUUUCCCCUCAGAAUCCGUGAGAACGGAUCUGGGGCGGUUGAGAAACUUGACUGCGGUGAACUGAAUGCUGGAUAUCAUACGUCUGUGCGCCGCUGGUGAAUCUUGAAAUCAUACGGCUGAUAUUUCCUACACAGCGUUACUCUCAAAGUAUCUAGUCUAAGUGAAGUCGAUCCGGAGGAACGGCCGAGGAGACGACGAGGCUCAAAGUUUAUCGCUAUAGAUGCGGACAUAGUGCAGCCUCAUCCAAGGGCUGACGGGUUGUCUGAGAAUGAAAAGAAUGGAUCAGAUACUCAAAAAAUACCCGGCACGCAUGAAGGGGCUCCAGCUACCAUCCCUCUGCCCCGUGAGGCCGAAUCUGUGGAAGAACAAAGAGCAUCCCCAAAUACGAGCUGUAAUCCCCGGACAUUAUCAGAAUCCGGUUCAACUAGCCGAUUUCCAGGACGGGAAACGCAAGAGAGGUUAGCCAUUCGAAGUAUGCUUGUUACAUCCAAGCCAGGUAGCGAGAUACCUGAGACGCAGCCGUGUAAUCUCGGUCUUGAACGAACUCGAAAUCUGCCUGUGGAGCGUUCCACUAGGCCUUCCGCCAUUACUGACAAGCGUCCUCGACCGGAAAAUCUGGCCACACAGCUGCAGGAACCCCCAGGACCUCCUCGGGCUGGAGAACGGGCUCCCAAAGCCGAUGCCACGCCAUCCCCUGGGCAGCGGAUCCCAUUAGGGGAACUGAAUGGUAUAAACCCCUCUGCGCCUCAAAAAGUGCCAGAAAUGAUACCGCCCCGAGACGCCGACCACUCUAGAGAGGCGCCUUCUAAGAUUUUUAAGUUGAAAAUGCUUGAAACAAAGAAGGCAGAGUUGGCGAGGAACAAGUUGGUCACUGAAGCGAAAGGGAAGGGGGUUAUAAGAGAAACUCGGGCGGACGACCACCAAAUUAUGUGUGAAUGUGGUAGUAAAGAAAUCUCGGAGGACAUGAUAUGCUGUGAUUUAUGCGAAGGUUGGCAACAUACUGAAUGCUACGGGUUUACUUCCACCCAGGACCCACGUAUCCCGGAUUAUCAUGUUUGCUAUUCUUGUCUGCUUUCCAGGUUUGAGGAAAGGCUUCUAGAAGAGAUGCGUGCGUUGGCAUUGUUCCGGAGAGCUGUGAAACUUGUCUGGGACAAAGGCUCUUUUCUGGCGACUAACAGGGCCUUUUCAAAUGCUCUUGGUAUGUCAUUGUUGGCUGUUCCUCUAUCGCGCGCUCUGUUCUGAAUACCCAAGCUUAUGACCGAACAGGAUGUGACCUACCAACGGCAUCACAGAUUACAAGGCGCCUCUUGGAAGAAGGAUUCAUUGCCCUCGCUUCCGUCACCCGGACUGGGCGUCAAAGGAAAGCAGUGAACGGGGGCCCUGUCAAGUAUAGUGUCGUCAAAACACCCGAGGUGGCGAAGAUAAAAGAGGUCCAAUACUUUGAUCCGCUAGUCAAGAUAUCCCACCACGUACUCCCCCCCUCCACCAUCAGACAAUAAGUCACUAAUACCUGCAAAGUUUGAAAAUCCUAGUCGUCGUGAGAAUCUCCAUGAGUCUCUUCUAAAAGACGCUCCAGCCAUGAAGCUUUCAGAUAACAUACCUCCUGGGUACGAUGAAAGUGGUGUCGAAGAUAGUCAAGCAUUUGAGAGCCAUUUCGAAGAGGCUAUUGUGAUUUCAGAAUCAAACCGCGAGGCACCCGAGCGACAAGCGGACAUGGACUCCACAGCUGACGAGGAAGAGCUCCCGCGAUCCAAAGCAUAUCAUACUCAGCCAAAUCUAGACGCCCCAGCAGAUGAAACCAGCAAGACAAACAAUAGAGUCACAUCCAGCACGCACCAAAGCUCCGGCGAAGGGUUGGGGACGUCAGAGCUAAUUCGGGAUCCACCGGAGGCCCCAAGCCAACCUAGGGUCAACGUUAGUGCUGUUUCUUUCGAUGUUUAUGUUGGAUACGACACUGAAGGAUAGGCCGAACAACCAUCUACAAUACACCACUUGAAUUUUCUUUUUCUCUCUCCUACAACUUCCAACCCAUGCGCCGCAGUAUGGGCUCUGGUGCCAAGUAGGCGGAACCUCCACAUUUGCUGUGCGCGGGUUGAUCUGAUCCAGUAGAAAUAUAUUAUUUUGC